AUGCGCUUUUCCCAGGGCGGACUCUUCCUGUCUGUCUGUCUUUUCCAGCGAUUUGCCGUUGCAAGCACUGCCCUAAGCACAUUUAUUUUCCCCUUGGGAAGCAAUUCAGGAAAUUAUACCUUUGCCCUCAAUCUCCCCGAGAAUUCUAGCGAUGUGUACUUCCAUCUGUCCGGGCCGACCUCGUAUUCAUGGGUAGCCGUGGGGACGGGCGAUGAGAUGAAGAACUCUUUAAUGGUCGUGUUAUAUUCAGAUGCCAGCGGGAAGAACGUCACUGUCAGUCCUCGACUCUGUACAGGUGAAAGAGAGCCGGUCUAUGCCCCCUCCCUCGCUGUCGAUCUUCUUUCCGGAACAGGUAUUGCGAAUGGCCUCAUGACCGUCAAUGGACGCUGCUCAAAUUGCACAAAAUGGGGUACCGGCUCUUUGGAUCUGAAAUCGACCUCGCAGCCUUGGAUCUUUGCCCUGGGCCCUCACUCCGGCGCCAACGCGGUUCUUCGCAGUGACUCCAAGACUGCCAGCAUCGAACGGCACUCGAAGUACGGCCGCUUCUCAAUUGAUAUGACCCACGCGACUGGCGGAUCGGGUGGCUUGCCGGACCUGUACGAAAGUUCGAUAGGAUCCAGGCUGGACGGAGGCGUGUCAAAUGACAGCAACUGGCCUGCGAUCAUCCACGGCGUGGCCCUCUGUGGCGCAUUUAUCUUAUUGAUGCCCGCCGGUGUCAUCCUGCUGCGCGUGGCUCCAGGGAGUGUCCGCUGGCAUUGGAUCAACCAGACCGUGGCCAGCGUCAUCGCCAUCAUCGGCUUGGGGAUCGGCUUCUGGCUGAGCACCAUGUACACGAAAUCGCAAUCAUUUAACUCAUCGCACCAGAUCAUCGGGAUUCUCGUUGCCAUUGCCAUGAUCGCCCAGUGGGGGAUCGGAUUCUGGCACCACCGUCUGUACAAGCUCCGGCAAGCUCCCACCUAUUUCGGGGUGUUCCACCGGUAUUUCGGUCAUAUCGUGAUGUUCAUUGCUAUUGUCAAUGGGGGUAUUGGGCUGCGGUGGUCCUCUGCGUCCACAGGUACGAUGGUUGGGUACUCCAUCGCCGUGGCUGUUGUUUGCGUUCCGGUGAUCUGCGCGGUCGCCUGGAAGAAAUGGACGGCCUAUCGGGGCGGCCAAGGCUAUGUUCAUCGGACGGUGCAUAUUGAUGGGGCGCAGGAGCUCCAUGCCGUAAGACAACUUGGUUAA